CGGGUCGCGGCGGGGAAACGGCGCCCGGUUUGAUUUGGUUUCGAGCUCCUCGGGAAUGUGAAUAUCUGUCGGCCAACGAGGAGGAGGAGGCGGGGGCGGCGCGGCGGCGACGCGGCAGGGACGCGGUGCGGCACAAGAGGAGGAGGAGGAGGCGCACCAAAUACUUUCCCUUUAAACGAGGGGGACCGCGGCGGGGGAACCGGAGGGGGAGAGAGGAGAAGAGAUAAAAAAAGAAAAGGAAGAAAGACAGUGAGGGUGGGAGGGAGAGCGAGAAUUAAAAAAAAAAUAGAAAGAUGUCACCCUUUCGAUUGAAACGGCGAGGCGGAGCCACGGAUCACGCCCGACGAGGAGGUCUCUAGUUGGGGGACAAGGUUUACGCAAUACCGAGGCUUUGGAUCCAUCGUCUCGGCCUUUUGGAGCUAUCGCAAUAAAAGACUGGUUUCCCCCAACGCUGCUGAUGAGCAUGAUUACAUUUUAAUUGCAUCAUUUAAUCGUUUUUUCAUUGUCAUCUUAUUUUGCAUGCAUCACGUGAUCUUUGUUCAGAACAGGUUUAUAUUAAGACACCGAUAUAACCGACUGUAGACAUCACAUUAAGAACAGAAAGUAGAAGACAUUCCAAUCAGAUUCAUCUGGUUUUACUAACACGUCCCCCUAGAACCACAUAGGACCGGGGUACUAAGGUCCGGCGGUCCUUAUAGCCUCUACCUCCAUGUUCUCUCAUCCGUCUGCGCUCCCUCACCGACACUGAUUGGUUUAUCGACCCGCCCGGACACACCUGCCAUGGAUACCUCCUGGAGUAACUUCCUGUUCCAGACGCCUGCCGCUCAGAGCCAAUCAGAAGCAGACAUGCUGCCCGAGCUCAGUGGCUCCAACCCCAGUCCCCAUGACGACCACCUGGCCCCGCCCCCCUCCACGGUGGACACGGCGGCCCUCAGCGAGGACCCCCCCGCAGUCAAGCCUCUCUCCAAGGUCGGCCGCCCGGCCCACAUCUGUGCGACCUGCAGCAAGCAGUUCAAGAACAGCUACAACCUGCGGCGACACCAGUCCGUCCACACGGGCGUCCGCAUGAAGGACCGCGCCGCCCGGGAGAAGGGGGCGGUGCCGCUGUCCCUGCUCCACCUCACCCUGCCUCCCCCCGCCGCCCCAGAGCCCCUCCCGUCGCGCUCCAACCAGCAGGCGCAACCCCUCGCCGUGUCCGUCGCCCCGGCAACCGUAACCAUGGCAGCACCGCCUCAACCCAUCCAGGCCUCUCUGGUGGUGGUGGGAGCCUUGGAACAGAUUUCCCCGGGUCCCCCUCGCAGCGUGACCGCGGUGGCCAGCCAGGUGAGGAAGAACCACGCUUGCGAGGCGUGCGGGAAGGCCUUCCGGGACGUGUACCACCUGAACCGCCACCGCCUCUCCCACUCGGACGAGAAGCCGUACUCCUGCCCCGUGUGCCAGCAGCGCUUCAAGAGGAAGGACCGCAUGUCCUACCACGUCCGCUCACACCAGGGGGGCGUGGAGAAGCCUUACAUCUGCCCCCACUGCGCCAAGGCCUUCUCCAGACCCGACCACCUCAACAGCCACGUCAGACAAGUUCACUCCACGGAGAGACCCUUCAAGUGCACAGUAAACACGUGCUCCUCUGCGUUCGCGACCCGCGACCGGCUGCGCGCUCACCUGAUCCGCCACGAGGAGAAGGUCCCCUGCCACAUCUGUGGGAAGCUGCUGUCCGCCGCCUACAUCACCGACCACAUGAGGGUCCACAACCAAUCGCAGCACCACGCCUGCCACCUCUGCAACCGCAGCUUCACCACCCUCACCUACCUGCGGGUCCACGCCCAGAAGCACCACGGCCAGGAGUGGAAGGAGAGCGGGGGGGUCCGCGGGGGGGGCGUCCUGCUCUGCCAGCUGUGCGGGGUCCAGUGCAAGACGGCCACGCAGCUCCAGGGUCACAUGGGCACCCACGCCGCCCCGCCCCCCACCACCUCCUCCCCCUCCUCCAGCACCGGAGGCGGGGCCAUGGGGGGCGGGGCCAGCAUGUCGGUCGCGGUAACCAGCGGCAACAGCGUGGCCCUGCUGGUCAGCGACUGCUCCUCCAUCAACACCUCCAGCAUCAACACCUCCUCCAUCAACACCUCCAGUAUCAACACCUCCUCCACCCACAGCUAGCGGCACCGAAGGAGCAGGAGAAGCAGGAGGAGGAGGAGGAGGAGCAGGGAGGGGCCGUCGUCCACCCCUCUGGGCUGAGAUUACUUUUGUUUGUUUGUCCUGCCGGCACGGCCACGUGGGCGUGUCCCGUUUCCAUGGAGACAACAGUAUUGACACACACACCGUUACCAUCCACACAUGUUCCAUGAUGAACUCAUGAAUCUUUUGUUUGUUUCAGGGCUGGUCACGCCUUCUUGUUUUUAUUAUCUUUUGGCCUGAUAUUUCUGUUAAAACAUGUAAUAAACAGGGAGGUACUAAAUGUUAAUUUCUUUGUUACUCUGCUACCAAUGUGGCAACAAACCAGUUCCAAACCUUCUUCCUCUGCAUCUUCCUCCAACAUGAAGGACCAAUCUACUCCAGUAUCUACCACAUGGGUUAUCGUGUAAAUAAACAUUUUUAUAAGGCUACGAUCAUGAAGUGUAUAUUCUCCCGGACAUCGAAUGUGCUCGGUAGAAUCAGACGGUCUUCGUUGUGGACGUUCAUGUCGUAUGUGAGCUACCUUGUGGAUAUUUUCUCUAUCUGUGCUGCUUAUAUUGAGUGUAUUUGAUGCAUAGUGCAUAGCGCCGUACUACUGUAUUAAAAGGCAGUAAAAAAUGCA